CAUCCGGAUGUGAUGUGAUGUGACGCUUCGUUCUGAGCUCAUUAAGCACCGCGUCGGUGGUGUUGCGAUGUUGUUUCUCUCCUGCUUCUGUCCCUGAAUCCGAGCUGUUAAUCUGUUGCCUGGCUGUGACGUCUCCGGGAGCCGCACGUGCGUGACACCUGAUCGGUGAACGGAAAUUCGGUGUCCUCGAGGCUCCGUAACGGCUCACGUUUAUCUCCCGGUGUGUGUGUGUGUGUGUGUGUGUGUGUGUGUGUGUGUGUGUGUGUGUGUGUGUGUGUGUGUUGCAGUGGGGAAGUUGUGCCUGAUGGACUGUGAUGGGAGACGAUGAUUUUUAUGGCCGUCGGCGCUGCUUUGGUGACGGUGAUAGCGCGCUGUGUGGACAUGAACGCGCUGCUCGAUCGCUUCCACAACUACAUCCUUCCUCAUGUGCGAGGACCAGAGCGUGUGUGUCACUGCACCUGUGGCAGACACCGGGUACAGUAUGUGAUCCCGUACGAGGGUUCGAGCUCGCCAGAUCGGGACCUACCAGCAGGGGGCAGCAGUGUAACUAAGCAGGAAGUGGACCUGGUUCUUGGGCUGCUGCUGGGCUUCUGCAUCAGCUGGGUUCUGCUCUGGAUGGACAGAACCCUGCAAAGAGUUCUGCGGGCUUGGAGAACCCACCCACAGAAAGGUGAAAGAGACAUGUGGAGGUCGUGGAGGUGGGUGACCAGUAUGUGUAACGUCCAAGAGCUCCGCAGGAGGCUGCAGCAGCGCAAGAACAACAGCGGAGUGGACAACAACGUGGUACACAUCAAACACAAACACUACCACAACGGGCACCUGAGCCCACGCAGACUCUAAUCUACACACACACACACACACACACACACACACACACACCUGUUUGAUGCUUCCCCUUAAUUCACACUGACCUGUUUCUCCGAGGAUGUGACUGUAUUUAGUGCCCAGCAGGACUGAAGUCACUGAACUCUGUGUUUUUAUAAGCGUGUCCCUGAGGGUCCUGCGCAGGGAUCGAACCUGACUUGCACUUUCGUUCCUGCCUGAGGUAUUCCAUUUUCUGAUGAUUAGACAUUUAUUUUGCUUGCCGAUGUCUGUUUUUACGAGUUUUUGUGCGGACGUGCUAGUUUUGUACAGUGCCCAGGGUGAACAUACGGACAUUACAUAUGCAUUUGCAUUUUUUUAGGGGCUGAUUUUUUUGUCUAUAAGUUUUCAGGGAUACGUUUUUUGUGUCUAUUUUAGAAAAAAAAAAGAUAACCGCAUGCCCACACAACUUUAGUACUGUGGUGCAGUUUUAUUCGUAAUGUGGGGAGCGGGGUAUAUUUUUGUGCAUCAGCAUGGGUGGGGUAGAUCUGUUGCUGUAAAUGGAUUUGUGGUAUAAGGACAAGGAGACGUCUAACGAGUCCUGUUUGUAUUUUUUAGAAACGUGUGUGUGUGUGUGUUGUUGUGGGAUAAUAAUAGUGAUAAUAAUAAUGUCUGCAUCUUCAGAGCUGUUAAAGGUUGACACUAGUAUAAGCUGUGGGGAGCGAGGACACACUCCUCCUCCUCUUAAAAUGUUCUCGUGCAGAUGUAUG